AUUAUUGCUACACCACUAAAGAUGGCUUAUCUCUGGAAUCAAGUUGCAUCAGCAUUCUUCAUCUCUAUCUGCAUCUUAAACAUCAUCUUACACAGUGCUCAUGGUGAGCAAUCUUUCCGCACACAACCGCAUGACAGUGAAGUGAUCCAUGGCCAGACUGUGAUACUUCCCUGUGAGGUGAAUAAUGCAGUGGGGAUGGUACAAUGGACACAGGACAAGUUUGCUCUGGGGACAGAGAGAGACCUACCUGGGUAUCCAAGAUACAGUAUUAUAGGCAGUCAGGACCUGGGUGAAUACAACUUAAUGAUCUCAAAUGCGCAGUUGAUGGAUGACGGUGUAUGGGAGUGUCAGGUGACACCUACAGAAUACACGAUUGGAUUACGAAGCGAAGCGGCCAAGCUUACUGUAUUUGUUCCCCCAGAUGAGCCAACUAUAGAUGGCGAACCUAACGUUGAAGUAACCGCGACACAACCAGUAAAUCUAACAUGUACCGCAAACAAUGGAAAACCUGCAGCCAAAAUCUCUUGGUACACCGAUGGUGAACUAAUCACUGGAAAUAUUCAUACAGUCACGACACAACAUGAAGAUGGCAAACGGGAAAACGUGGUAUCAACGCUCGAGAUAACACCAACUGUGGGAGAUCAGGGGAAGACAUACGAAUGCCAGGCUACAAAUGAGGCACUGGUGUCAGUUGCCCCCAAAAAGACCAGAGGCUCGCUUGAAGUGCUUUACGCCCCUGAGGUAUCAAUGACGGUAGAGCCGAAUCGUGAGAUGAAGGAAGGUGGAAGUGUUAAUUUCAAAUGCCAAGCAGAAGGAAACCCAAAUACAAUAACUUGGAAGUGGUUUGAGGAUAUGGAAGAACUGCCCGAUUCUUCCCAGGACCACUUUACCCUGAAAAACAUUGACAAAUCCAAACAUGGAAAGAAAAUAUCAUGUGAGGCCACCAACUCUGUAGGCAGUAGCAAACAAAGUUUCCUGCUCAAUGUCGAAUAUGGUCCAUUUUUCACUGGGAACCCCCAACAUGCCGCAGUAGAUGUAGGUGAAGAUGCCACGCUCCAAUGCAAUGUAGAGGGUAACCCACCACCAACAAUCAUCUGGAUGAGAAAGGGGUCAAAUAAAAUCAGAGGAAGUGCCUCAAAGAUGACGAUAACAAAUGUACGAGAAAGUGAUUUUGGGGUGUAUACGUGUGCCGCAACUGUGAUUGGAUUUGAUGAGAUUUCAACGGAUGUGUUUCUCAUGAAAAAUGGGCCACCUAUUAUCCAAAGUGAAGACGAACAGUUUGCGAUGUCAGGUAGCGAAGCACUCAUAGAAUGUGCUGCCCAAUCUGUUCCAAAGCCAAGUGAAAUCAAAUGGUUUAAAGAUGGCUCUCCGAUAGAUUUCACCAACACAGCACGUUAUUCUCUCAUCGAGAAGGACACACCAACUUUACGUAAAAGCAUCGUGAAGAUCGAGGGUGUUUCAUCGGAAGAUUUUGGAGAAUUUAAUUGUACCGUGUCAAAUGGUUAUGGGGAAGACAUGCGACUGAUAGCUUUAGUAGAAAAAGAGGGCGUACCCCUGAUCUACCUACUGGCUGGUGUUCUUGGAGGAAUCGUGUUCAUUGCAGUUAUCGUGGGAAUCAUCUAUUGUGUCAUCAGGCGUAAGAGGGGACUGCCUAAAGAUGAUGAUGAUGCCAGCGUUGCCGGCAAGAUAGAUGGCGUUGUGUACAAGCCUGCCACCUAUGGGGACAAAGUAGAACCAUGGAGAAGCGAUGCGGAUAAAAGCUAUUUUAGAUAUUCUGAUGAAUACGCAGAACUCAACUAUGCUUCCACUAAUAAGGAGGGCCCUCAAAAGAAUUAUGGUUAUGGUAUGGAUAGUAACCGUGGUAAUGACUACAGAGAUUAUAGAGAUUACCAUGACGCUGGAUUCUCUGAACCUAAUGGCAAAUCAUUAAAUAGGUAUGAUUCUGGGUAUGGACCUGAUUACCUUCCUAAUGGUAACCAUGUCAACAAUCCAAAUCCAAAUCCAAACAAUGAGUUUCCCUUAGCAACCAGAGACUUUUCCGCCCCUCAAAAUACAUAUUCAUCAAUGGACAAACGCCCACCACCAAGGUCUCCGAUACAGGAGGACGUGUCAACUCUAAUGCGGCUUUCAACGAAUGUAUAGUAGGACAUACAAGCUUAUGGGACUUUUAAGAGAAUGGGUCCAAGGGAACAAGGAUUCAUGGGUCAAAAUGAUGUAUUCAUAUAAUCUGGUACAUGAUAUGGGAUCUGAAUCAUUUGAUCCGAUUCAAGGAUUGGAUCCCUAUGGUAUGAGUGGAUCCAUGUGUCAUCAGUCACUGAUUCGAGUGUCAUCAGAAAGUGUAGAUGCAACCAAGGAUCUAUGUGUCCAUGAUCAGUUCUAUGUGUCAAAAUUAUAGAUCAGAAUUGAGUCAUGUGUCACUUGAGUAGAUCAGUGUCAAAAGAAUUGGUCCAUGUGUCAAAAGGAUUAAUUCAUGUGUCAAAAGGAUUAAUUUCUGUCGAAAGGAUUAAUCCAUGUGUCAAAAUGAUAAAUCCAUGUGCCAACUAAAGGAUUGAUCCUAGUGUCAUGAAUUCAUAAUAAAUUCAUAUGUUAAAUGGAAUCCACUUUUUAUCAAAAUAAGUGGACUUUUAGCUUAAUAUACAGACUACGUGCAUGUUUUUGAAGAACUAUAAAUUACAUAAGACUGGAUGAACAAUGAACAUGUUAAUCUGGUUAGCCAAAAUAGAGUUUUAAUAGAAAGACUGAGCGACAUUGUCAUGUAUUAAUACUACAAAGAGUGAAUUUAUGAGCCAAUAAAGAACAUUAUAUAUAACUGUAAAUAUGUAAGAGCCAAAAAUAAUUGCCAAUGGAAUAAAGCCUUUAUACAUAUAACAUAUUAAUUCAUUGCUGGCCAAAGCUGUUUUGGAGGUUUUCUACUGGUGA